UGACAGUUGACAAAAAAACCGCACUUCCUGUUUCUAGUAAAACAUUUCGAGACAUGUAUAUCCACGAAGUGUUCAUUUGAAAAAUGAAGUCCCCAUGGAUCCCACGCUGUCUAGGUUUACUGUUGUUGUUUGACGUGUGCUAUGCCUUGAAUGGUGACAAAAGGCCAAAUUUUGUCCUGAUGAUGGUCGAUGACUUGGGGAUUGGAGACUUGGGCUGCUAUGGGAACACAACCUUGCGGACCCCCAACAUCGACAUGCUGGCUCAGGAGGGGGUGAGGCUGACGCAGCACAUCGCUGCGGCCCCCCUCUGUACGCCCAGCAGGGCAGCCUUCCUGACGGGCAGAUACCCGAUACGAUCUGGUAUGGCCGGCCUUGGACUGUUAGGGGUUUAUAUCAUCUCUGCUGCAUCUGGCGGUCUUCCCAGUGAAGAAGUCACCUUUGCCAAGGUGGCCAAACAACUGGGCUACGAGACUGCUCUCAUAGGAAAAUGGCACCUUGGUCUUCACUGUGAGAGGAACGACGACUUCUGUCACCACCCCAGUGCUCACGGCUUCGACCACUUCUACGGUAUAACCCUGACCAACCUACGUGACUGUCAGCCCGGCCAGGGCUCCAUCUUUACCAAUGUCCAAGCACACAUACCAUUCAAGACCCUGGGAGUGGGUGUGGCUACCGUGACCCUCCUGCAUGCGAGGGGUGUGGUCACCGUGCGGAGGAAGUUGGUGCUGAGCGCGGUGGCGUUGGUGGGCGCGGCUGCGGCCAUCUUUGGCACAUUCGUCGCCACGUUCCCCUACUUCAACUGCUUUCUGAUGAGGAACCGGGAAGUGGUGGAGCAGCCGUAUGUCUCGGAGAACCUGACCCAGAGAAUGACAGAUGAAGCAGUGGACUUUUUAGAAAGGAACUCUGCACUACCCUUCCUGUUGUUCUUCUCCUUCAUCCAAGUGCACACGGCCAUGUUUGCAUCGCCAGCCUUCCAGGGGACCAGUCAGCACGGUAUCUAUGGAGAUGCUGUCCACGAAGUAGACUGGAGUGUAGGUCAGCUCAUGCAGACUCUGGACCGUUUGAACCUGAGGGAGAACACACUGGUGUACCUGACCUCAGACCAGGGUGCACACCUUGAGGAGAUCUCAGUCCGAGGGGAGGUGCACAGAGGCUGGAACGGGAUAUACAAAGCCGGGAAAUCCACCAAUUGGGAGGGGGGGAUCCGAGUUCCAGGACUGCUCCGUUGGACUGGGAUGUUACCUGCAGGGAAAGACAUUGAUGAACCCACCAGCAACAUGGACAUCUUCCCUACUGUGGUGAAGCUAGCCGGAGGGACGGCACUGGGGGACAGAGUGAUAGACGGUCAUGACCUCAUGCCCCUGCUGCAGGGGAAAGUUGAGAGAUCAAAGCACGAGUUUCUCUUCCAUUACUGUAACGCCUACCUCAACGCUGUCAGGUGGCAGCCUCCCAACAGUUAUUCAAUAUGGAAGUUGUUCAUUUUCACUCCGGACUUCUACCCCGAGAACGGGACAGCCUGCAUGCAUACCCAUGCCUGUUUCUGCACCACAUCCUACGUGACCUACCACGACCCCCCUUUGCUCUUUGACCUCUCCCGCGACCCCUCGGAGACCACACCCCUGACCCCAGACACGGAACCUGCCUUCCACUCGGUCCUGGAGAAGAUCCUGGCCGCGGUGUCUCUCCAUAAGGAGUCCAUCACCCCCGUUCAGGACCAGCUCGCCCCGGGACACGUCCUAUGGAAGCCCUGGUUGCAGUCCUGCUGCUCCUCCCUGUCCCAGCUCUGCAGGUGUGAGAGAGAUGGUGGGAGACACGGCCACCGGAGCACUGCGGCGGCAGAGGCAGACUCUCCACAGGACCAGCACAUCAUUGCUUAACACUAGGGGAGGGUAACGUAGGAAUCCAGAACCAAUCUUUUAGUGGGUAUGUAAACAAUCUGUUUAAAUGUUUGAUUUAACCUGGUAGGCCAUUUGAGAACAAGUUCUCAUUUACAACUGCGACCUGGCAUUUUAACUGGGCUUGUGGGUAGAAGUGACUUGUAAAGUAGAUCCGUGUGUAUGUGACUUCACUGGGUGAGCUGUAAUAACAGACAUUUUAGUAUUUGGCCUCUCAGCAACACAUCCCGUAUAAUAUCCAGUAAAUUGCAUUGCCUACGCUUGCUCCCUGAGGGGUUUAUGCAGAUGCUGCUAUUUGGACUAAAAUGUAUUUUAAAGCACUUUUUGACAAAUGUAUUUGUAAAAAGAGCAAUAUGAAUCAAAGGUGAUUGUUGACGCCAGUCCUUAAAUAUAUAAAGUAACCAGUAUAUAUAGAGGAGAAACCUAGCACAUUGUACAGGAGAGGAGAGCAACUCGAUGCACUGAUUAGCACAAGGUCCACCUCAAGUUGGGGCAUUUCGGGUCUUAUUCUCCGGGGCACUACAAUAACCCUGUGUUACCCUUGCAGGGUACCGAUGAUCAUUUAAUCACUGUUCAUUAUUUAGACUCUACGGGGUCUCUGUAAAAGGCAUCUGCACAUCCAAGAAGCAAUGAAACUGAGUGGACAACCGACAUGAAAAGACAUGGCUGUAUUAGCAAAUAGAGCUGUAUUAAGAUGUUCAGUAGAGCUGCCGUGUCUAAUGCCAGCAGUCAGUACAGAGUCACUGAGUCACACACGGCUCAUCCCCCUGUGGCCACAGCCAGCAGCAAAUCUUCAUCACCCAGACUAGCUUUAAGCUUAGCUCUUCAUUUGAUCUCAGGUUUUCAGUGAUAUUUAUUUUAAUAUGUAUCUUAUUCUCCCUUUAACUCCUAUAUCCGUCAUCCUAUUUGUCAUAAACUACCAUUAGCAAAUCUCUGAAUAUUAAGGAGUACUCCCUCUCCCCUGUUCAGUCAUUUAUAUGAUGGAUGGUGAUUUAUUUUUGCGUGUUCCCACACACCCACUAUGCGUUGCAUUUUAUACCAUGUGUUAUUUUUGUUACCACGUGUUAAUUUGUUUCAACACAUUUUUCUAAUGUAAACGAAUAAUGAUCUGAUUUGUGUGGGGUACCAGCUACAACAACACUACUGUUGCUACCAAUAACUACCAGAACCAACUACAGAACUACUGCGACGAUCACUAGAACUGUAUUCUACUUGACUGGUAUUCUGACAAUGUGUAUAAAUCUAAUUAUUUUCCUCCA